UUGAAACUUGUAGUAACUAUGAAAAUUUAAGAUUUCAGUGAUUGCAACGGAUAAGGUCUACCAAAUGAAAGGUUCAAAACACGUCACAGCCUCACAGGUCCACAAAAAAUUCCAACCCCACUUUCCUCUGCUUCUUGCUAUCUCUGUGGAAAGAAGAAGAUGAUUGCCCUAAAAGCCAUUAACGCCUUCUUCACGCCUACAAAGCAAGCCCUUUUCCACACUGGAAGACCAACCAACCUAAAGAAUUCAAUCCUCUGCCUUUGCAAGUCCAAUGAUGCUGAUUCUGAGAGCUCCCCCUCCCCACCUGAAGGUGAUACUCGAAAGCAAGAGCUACUUGCCAGAAUAGCUAUGCUUCAAGCACAAAAAGUUCGUCUCACUGAUUACUUGGAUGAGAGAUCUGCUUAUCUAACUCAAUUUGCUGAAGAAGCCAAUGCUGAAUUCGAUAAAAUUGGAGAAGAUGCUAUCAAAGGACUCGACGAAGCUAGUUCCAGGAUAAUGGAGAAUAUAGAAAGCCAGAUGCAAGCUUUCGAAGAAUCUGCAGAAUUAAACAGAAUGGAAAUUGAGGAGAAUGAUAAUAAGUUAGCAGAUUUUGAAGGUCAAAUUGUGAAAGACAGGAAUGAAGGAAUGUUCUUUAAGAACCUAGGCCAGAAAGCGCCUGUUGAUAAAGCCAAAGCUAAGGUGGAAACACAGGCGAUUAAAGAUGUUACCAAAGCAAAAGCUGGGUCCAAAGCCAGAAAGAACAUAUACCUUGCUCUAAUGGCGGUGCUAGUCAUCGCUAUUGCUGAUUCUUUCAUUUCUUCUUCCCCUGAUUGGCGGAAAGUUGCGGUUCUUGGAGCAAUUUUAGUGGGUUUGAUUACUCAGUUCAGCUACGAGGAGAAAUUGUCAUCAGAGCUAGAAAUUAUAGAGAAAGAAGACAAGGAAAAGAAGUAAAGUUCUUUCCCCUCUACUCUAAUGAAGUUACUCUGUAAAAUAUUUAGCCAUAACCCUUUGCAAUGAAUAUAGCAUGAUACAAUAGCCCAAGUGAAAAAUUACAACUUGUAUUUGUUACAUCAAGCUAUUUUCUUUUCCAUCA